AUGUCCUCUCUCCGUAAUAGUUUUUCUUUUCUCACGUUUCCUUCCCUCCUUCCUUCUUUUCUUCCUUUCUUUCUUUCCUUUCUUCGUUCUUUCCUUUCUUCCUGCUUUUCUUCCUUUCUCCAUUCCUUCCUUCUUUUCUUCCUUCCUUACUUCUUUUUUCUUCCUUCUUUCCUUCCUUCCCCCUUCCUUGCUUACUUCCGAGGAUAUAGCAUUCCCUUGAUUUUCUUUAUUUCUUUCUUUCUUUCUUUCUUUCUUUCUUUCUUUCUUUCUUUCUUUCUUUUGUUGUACCCCCCUCUCCUCUGGGUAGGUCUUUUGAUUGACGAAAGCAAUCAUAAUAAUGUUGUCUUCUCUUUCUUCUUUCUCUUUUCUUUCUUCUUUUGGCCGUCUCUCCCGGUCGGGUGUUCGCUAGUUGGUGUGUUCCGAGAGUUAGUAUUAUGUAAAUUUACCUUGUUUUUUUUUCCUUUGUUUCUUUGUAAUCAUUUUCCCUUUCCUUUUUUGCUCUCUUUCUUUUUUUUUCUUCUUCUUCUUAUACUCCCCAUCAAUACAUGA